AUAAAUUUUACUUUGGCAACGACGAAAUAUUAAACCUUAUAAUAAAAUUACAAGGCGAAUGCAUUUAGCUUUUCGUGGAUAAGUACAUUUUCUAAUGACUCGAUAAAUUAAUGAUUUUCAAACCUUUUCAACUUCUACUAUAGUUUUCUUGAAAAGCGAAUUUAAAUAGGCGUCUCACGUACUAUUUCCCGCCAUUGUCGGCGAAUCGUGGAAGCGCGUGUAUACCGAGAACUUUGAAAAAUGAAAACAUGAUUGAGUUUAUAAUUUCCAUUACUUUGAACUUGACACUUAUUCGAUAAGACUUAAUGAGAAAAUUUCCAAAUGCACAUAAUGAAGCUUAUAGAUUACGUAGUACGCAGUUUCAAAGUAGCUAAAGUGUUUCGAGAAAACACUGAUCGCAUUAACAGCAUAGACUUUUCACACAACGGAGAAACAUUGAUAUCAAGCAGCGACGAUGAGUCCAUUGUCAUUUAUGAUUGUGAACGAGGAACGCACAAAAGAACACUUCAUAGCAAGAAGUAUGGAGUUGAUUUAAUUCGUUAUACUCAUGCAGCAAACACAGCAAUUCAUAGUUCAACAAAAGUAGAUGAUACAUUACGGUAUCUUUCACUUCAUGAUAACAAAUAUAUUAGAUAUUAUCAAGCUCAUACAAAAAAGGUUAUAUCUUUAUGCAUGUCACCCGUUGAUGACACAUUCAUGUCCAGCUCUUUAGACAAAACCAUCAGAAUAUGGGAUUUAAGGUCUCCAAAUUGUCAAGGGGUGAUGCAUUUAUCUGGCAGUAGAUCUGUUGUAAAUUUUGAUCCUGAAGGUCUCAUCUUUGCUGUUGGUUUAAAUUCAGAAUUGGUUAAAUUAUAUGACCUAAAGUCGUUUGAUAAGGGUCCAUUCAAUACAUUCAAGCUUCCUCAGGAUAAAGAAUGUGAUUGGACUGGUCUUAAGUUCAGCCCAGAUGGGAAGACAAUCCUUAUUUCUACCAAUGGUCAAGUAAUCCAUCUUAUAGAUGCUUUUCAGGGAACACCAUUACGAGCUUUCACGAGUCACAUAAAUAAUAAGGGUAUGCCAUUAGAAGCAUCAUUCAGCCCAGACUCUCAGUUUGUAUUCAGUGGUUCUACUGAUGGCCGAGUUCACGUUUGGAGUGCAGAAACUGGUAUAAAAACUGCUGAAUUAUCUUGUGAUCAUACUGGUCCUGUUCAGUGUGUCCAGUUCAAUCCCAAGUAUAUGAUGCUCGCAUCUGCAUGCACAAAUAUGGCUUUUUGGCUUCCGACUGUAGAUGAAAACAUCUGAAAGAAAUCAUUAAGCCGUGCUUCAUUUGUGAAUCCUGUGCUUUGUGUUUUGAUGCAUCUUCCUUCUGACAAUUUUAAAAUAUCAUUAACAAACUGUAAUUUUUGACAUAAUUUAGCAUGUAAUAUUUACCAUUUGCUCAUGACUUCAUCUAUCAAGUUACGUAGUGACUGGCAUUGUUUUUAAUGCGGACAUUUCUACUCAAGCCCUUUUAUUGCCAUUGUAUCUGUUUAUUUAUCACUGUAGAUAUUUCUUGUAGAAUAAAAUGUCUUUGCCUUUUGUAAUUAUGUUAAAAAA